UUCCAGCUACAAAACUGCACCAUGCGCCUCCCCUGAGUGGGUUUGGAGUAAUCACCGGGAAGCCGUUUGUACUCAAAAUAUAUUAAAUUAAGACAACGCCUGACUAUCCUGGAGUUCCCACGCUAUGAUAUCACUUUGUCUGAGGGAUUUUAUGGAGAACCAUCGCCGCCGUUGCCCGCCAGUAAUGACGCUUCUCAACUACACAGAUGGACUGAAAAGUCCAGCAGGAAUGGAGGUGUAAGUUGGACAAAGUGGAACAUAUUUUCUCACAUCCUACUGGAACUACCUUUUCGAUGUGGGUGAUCACAGAUAACAGGAUUUUAAGUGAAGUUAAAUGAUGGCAUCGCGUUGGGUUCAUUCUGGUGAAGAUGAUGAGAGGCAAAAAGCAAGAUCUUCUUUCUGUGAGAAUGACUCUCCAGAGUGGAGGAGCUUGGCUGAUUCUCCGGCAGGGCAGUACCCAACAGAGGAUGAGGUGUUCUCAUGGCCGAGGCCAAAAACUGUGCAUUUACGUCGCACGUCUCAAGGGUUUGGCUUCACCCUGCGGCACUUCAUCGUAUAUCCACCGGAGUCAACCAUGCACUGCACUUUUCCGGAGGAAGAUCAUGGCCGCAGAGGGAGACCGCGGAAUAGGCUAGAACCAAUGGACACUAUUUUUGUGAAGCAGGUCAAGGAAGGUGGUCCUGCUCAUGGCGCAGGACUUUGUACAGGUGAUCGCAUUGUCAAAGUGAAUGGGGCGAGCAUUAUUGGUAAAGCCUAUGGUGAGGUUAUAUCGUUGAUCCAGGACAGUGGUGAUUUUCUUGAACUUUGUGUGAUGCCAAAAGAUGAGGAUAUCCUACAACUGCCUUUUUCUCUGGAAACUGCUAAUCUGGCUUACUCCCAGGAUGCCUACCUCCGUGGCCACAGUAGCUACAGUGGAAAUGCCUGUCACAUUCCCGAACCACCUCCAGUAUGCUACCCCAGAGUAGACUGUAAGCCUACGGGCAUGGCCCAGGCCACAGACUCUGCAGGGCAGGUCUGCCGAGGGCCAACAGCUCCUGCUGACCAUGGGUACCGAAAGGAGAUCACCGUUCCCCCAUCCCCGCCCCCUCAACCAUAUCCAAAAAGCCAGACAGCUGUGUGCAUGCGUAAUGACAGCGUGAGGACUGUGGUGGUUCCUCCUGAUACAGCCCAUAUGGGGCGAGUUGGUCCAGCACAUAGAAUAGAUUACAUGGACCCAGCCUUUGCCCGGGGGAGGCCUGGUUCUUUAGCCCAAUAUCCCCACCCCCGAAAGGCUGAUGUCUUUCCCAGUGGUCCAGGAAUGGUUCCCUAUGGAGGUCCAGGACCUCAUUACCAGCCCAACCAUCAAAACAUUGAUUGGCGUACUUACCAAACAUACAGGGAGUAUAUCGACAACAAAGGAAUUCAUUCUCAUGGCAGUAGGACUAUUCAGGAGAGGCUUGACAAUCUGCGAGCCAGUCAGAACUCCUUCAGUGCUGCUCAGCACAUGUCCCGGGCAGACUGGUGCUCUAAGGGGAUCCGGCGCAGGAGCACUUCCCAUGAACGGUCAUACCAAGGACCUCCACCCCACUUUCAGAUUGCCCCACGCAGUGCCUCACAGGACCGUAUGAGUGGUUCAGAGAGGAUGGGUCAUGCAAGAAACUGGCCCCCUCGCAGUGUGUCCCAAGAUGGCCUUAUGAACAAAGCCCGGGCACACUCCACAGACUACGUUGACCCUGCUGAACUGGCACGACCCAUGGACAGGAUGGCAGGUUAUGGAAGGGCAGACCAAGGUACAAGGGCUAGCAGACAAUCUAUCCCAAGACACGCCAUGCUCUACAGGCCUUCUGUUGGAUACAGUGGUGGCAUGAGGGGUGCACCCAACCCUUCUCUAUACACAAAAGGACCAGAUUCUCAUCAGUUCCGCUCCUCACCUAUGCUUUCAGACAGACCUUCACAUUUUGGAAAGAGCACAAGUGCUGAGCAUUCUCUUACUGACCAAAGAGUUGCUGUCAAAGGUAACCAUGCAAGACACCCCUCACAACAAGGUCAGAGCAGGAUGCGAGCUGAAACCAUGCAUCCUCUGGAGGCAAGAAAAGACACAGCAAUGGUAGGACAAAGGUCUUCUUCCUGCUCCACCCCAAAACAAAUGCCUCAGAGGCCUAGCAUCCUCAAACCACCUCCACCUCAACCAGAAUCUCAGACUCAGUUGAAUGGGCGAAGCCCCACAGAUAGUGGGGUAGUUUUAAGGGAGAAGCCUCCUUCUGGAAAGAACCCCAGCCCUCUUCGUCACCCCUCCUACAUCUUAGCUGUAAAUGACGAUGGAGCAGAUUCCACAGCAGAUGUGGUGGCUUGCUGGCUUCCCAAUGAUGCACGUCGAGAGAUACACAUCCGUCGCCUUGGGGAGCAACGUCACACCUCCUGCUCUAGCAACCUCGAUGAGUCCCUGGACUCCAUUCCAUUCAUCGAUGAGCCAGUGAGCCCAAGUGUUGACCGGGAGGCUGCUCCUAUUCCCCCCUCUGCUGUGAUAUCUGUUGCACCGUCGAUAACUACAGGUCCCUCUAGUCCAGCCUCUCCAUGCCCUCCAAUUCGCCGUCAGCUGUCACACGACCAAGAGUCCUUGAGAAGCGCUUUGUUGGAAUCUGACACAGCUAGCAAAACUGAACGAUCGAAGUCGUAUGACGAGGGUCUGGAUAACUACCAGGAAGAGGGGAGAGGGCGAUCUUCUAGUAAGCAUAUGCCCAGUCUCAGGGGUUUGAGAAAGGCUUUGGAUGGACAUAAAUCUUCUGGGGAUUCAGGAUCUCGGAGAGAUUCUACUUCAGAUAUUUUUGCUAAUUCUUCCAAAGAGGGAUUGCUGAACUUCAGGCAACUCAGUACAGAUAAAAAUAAGCGCGUUGGCGGUGGGAUGAGAUCAUGGAAGCAGAUGUAUGGCGUUUUACAAUGUCACACUCUUACCCUCUACAAAGAUAGGAAGGAUGCACUUUCUCACGUUUCAACGCAGUCUGAAGAGGAGCCCCUGCAAAUCAGUAUCAAGGCCUGUCUGAUUGACAUUUCCUACAGUGAUACGAGGCGCAAGAAUGUGCUGCGACUAACCACCUCAGACUGCGAGUACUUAUUCCAGGCAGAGGGGAGGGAUGAUAUGCUGUCUUGGAUCCGAGUCAUUCAGGAAAACAGCAACAUAGAUGAAGAGAAUGGUGCUGUGACAAGCCAGGACUUGAUCAGUCGAAAGAUUAAGGAGUACAACAUGAUGAGUGCCCCCAGCAGUAGGUCUGAGCCUUCUCCAAAAACCUCCCGCCAGUCUCUCAGCAUUAAACAAGCCUUCCUCGGUAGUAAAGCAGAGGGCAAGAGCCAUAGCCCCCAUUCACCAAAAACAGGAGAGGAACGUAGGGCUUUGAAAGAUGACUCCAGUCCACCGCGGGACAGAGCUGCUUGGAAAAUCGGCAUUGCAGGGAUCAUGAAGAGGCCUUUUGAGAAAAAGCCUCCUGCUGGAGUCACAUUUGGUGUGCGGCUGGACGAUUGCCCCCCCGCACAGAUCAACCGGUUUGUUCCUCUGAUCGUGGAGGUGUGUUGCAAAGUGGUAGAGGAGAGGGGUUUAGAGUACACUGGAAUCUACAGGGUCCCAGGAAACAACGCUGCCAUUUCCAACAUGCAGGAAGAGCUCAACAGCAAAGGCAUGACUGACAUCGACAUUCAGGAAGAUAAAUGGCGGGACCUUAAUGUCAUCAGCAGCUUACUAAAGUCCUUUUUCCGAAAACUUCCAGAUCCUCUGUUUACAAAUGAAAAGUAUGCUGAUUUUAUUGAAGCCAACAGAGCAGAAGAUUCAGUGGAUAGAUUAAAGGAGUUAAAGAGGCUGAUCCAUGAAUUACCUGAUCAUCAUUAUGAAACUCUGAAAUUCCUUUGCGCACACCUCAAGAAAGUUUCUGACAAUUGUGAAAAGAACAAGAUGGAGCCUCGUAACUUGGCAAUUGUGUUCGGUCCUACACUAGUCAGAACCUCUGAGGACAACAUGACCAACAUGGUCAAUCACAUGCCAGACCAGUGCAAGAUAGUUGAAAACCUCAUCCAGCAAUACGACUGGUUCUUCACUGACGACGGUGACGAGGACCCUGUUACCACAGCUGAGCAGGAAAGUACGGUGCAGUCUCAACCUGUGCCAAAUAUUGACCACCUGCUCUCCAACAUUGGACGGACCGCAGCCUCACCGGGAGAAGUGUCAGAUUCAGCAUGUAGUGACUCAUCGAAAUCAAAGGGCUUGUGGGGAUCUGGGAAGGAUCAGUGUAGCAAAGAGAUGCUGCGCUCCUCCUUCUUCGCCAGCCGGAAGCGCAAGAAGCCUAAGGACAAAGCUCAUCCCAGCAGUUCAGAUGAUGACCUGGACUCUGUGUUCUCCAAGAAGGAUCUCCCGGAGGAGAGCCAGCAGCAGCCUCUGUGGACCCCAGACCGCCGGACCGAGGAAGAGGGGGAGACGGAUGAAGCCAGUGAGAAAGAGAAGCACAGGAACAGUUCAGAGGAACAGCUUGACAACACCAACAGGAAUGAGUCUGUCUCCAGCAGCCUGCUGUCGCAGCCUUCUCCCACCCUGCCUCCUGAGCACCUUCCCCCCACCCUACAAACAGGCUCCCCCUAUGCCUCACCACCCCACUCCCCAAACCUCAGCUACCGUAUCCCGAUGGCACACCAGUCCUCUCUCUCAGACCCCCCCUCCAACUACGAUGACACAGUUUCCGACCUUGGUACGAUGAACAGCACCAGCUCCCAGGCUUCAGUUCCCAGAAUGAGGCGGGGGCGGAUGGCAGCUCUGGGACCAGAGGCAGGUCCUAGUGGGUUGGGGGCAGAAGUGUGCUCCAUCACAUCAGAUUACUCCACCACAUCUUCCAUGACGUUCCUGACCGGAGCUGAGCUCAGCACUCUGAGUCCUGAAGUGCAGUCAGUGGCUGAAAGCCGAGGUGGAGAUGAGGCAGAUGAUGAGCGAAGCGAGCUCAUCAGCGAGGGAAGGCCGAUGGAGACGGACAGCGAGAGCGACCUGUCAGUAUUUACUGUAGGAAGAGACGGCGGAGCGACAGAGCAGCGGGAACUGCAGGAAGCUCCGCGACCGCUCCCCUCCCACAGACUCAUCGAAUGCGAUACGCUUUCCAGAAAGAAGGCAGCUCAGCAAAAGACCAACAGUGAGUCGUCACUGGAGGGGUCACGGAGCGAUAAAGAUUCCAAUAGACUGUCGCGGGUGUUGGGCUCAGUCAAGGGCCGCUCCACCGGCAGCCUCAGCUCCUCAUCCCGUAGCGAGCUGGACAAGACGGAGCCUGCUUGGAAACUGAAGAUCACAGAUCGGCUCAAGGUACGUCUUCGAAUGUCUGUGGAUGACAUGUUUGGUGUUGGAAGCCAAAGGAGUCGGUCUCCCGAGGGCCGCAGCAAGAAGAAGAACAUCAGACGGAGACACACCAUGGGCGGUCAGAGAGACUUUGCAGAGCUGUCUGUUUUGGGCGACUGGCCUCAGCAGGUCGGCAUCGGCUCAGCCUCACGGUCAGAACUGUCCGCUGUGGACCGGCUGAAGCCAAAGUGCAGCUCUCAGGACUUCUCCAUCGGGGACUGGAUUGCUCGCGAGCGCCACCGCACCAGCAAUCCUGAGGUCAGCCUGGACCUCAACGAGCAGCAGGGGGAACUGUGCAGCUCAAAUUCCCAAAACCUCGGAGCCUCGUCGUCCUCCUCUGAACUCCCAUAUCGUCCAUCUGAGGCGAUGAACGGGGACGUCCCCCCCAGUAAAAACCUGAGCCUCUCGGCCACUGCUCACCCACAUAAACUCACCAGUUCCCAGGUGGUCCACUCACGCUUCUAUCAAUACCUGUGAGACGUGUUGGAAGUGUGUGACUGUAUGUGUUUGGGUUCUCCAUCUGUAAGAUGUGUGUGUACGUGGCUGCCUGUCAGUGUAACGUCUGUUGUAUGACCAAUGUUAGUGAAAGAGCAUGUUGUACAAAAACUGUUAGUCUGGAGUGUGUCUGUAGCUGGUGUGUGUGUUUGUGAAAAGAGAAUUACUGCACACAGGGAUUGUUGAUCUUGCUCAUGUAUAAGGCAUGAAACAAAAUGUUGUUUAUACUUUUUCUUUCUUUUUAUUUUUAAUGACUUUGGGAUGGUUUAGCAGGAGGAUUCCCUCCCUCCUAAAACAAAUCCCUGUUUAAUGCUGAAGAUUGAGAGGACCUGUUGCUCAUGAAGCGAUGAGCCUGUGAAGUAUGUGCAAGGAUGUGUGGACAGCAACACUCAAAGUACAAGAUUGUUGAAAGGCUUAGACAAGUGGCUUUAAAGAUGAACUUUUAGGAUGAGUAGGAAGUAGAUAAAAGUACAGAUUUUUAGUAUUGCAGAGGAACUAUUUUUGUGUAAAGAAAGUUAUGAUGUUCAGAGUCGAUGAGUCUCGGUAACCAAAUGAAGAAUGUACAGACAUGCUCGCUGUAAUACUGACUAAAAGCUUUAGAUGCUUGUGUAUCAUUCUAUCUAAAGUGUAAAAAUCCCUAUUUUUCUGUGUACUUGAAGUGUGUUUUUUGGUACAGCCUGUGUAUGGACUGCCUAUGAGCUUUCUGCUGUCAAAGGGGCCUUUCCAAAGGUACAAAGAGACAAGGAAACACUGGACUUAUGCAAAUGGAAACGGUUACUAUCCUUCCCAGUUACAUGGUUUUAGAGCAGUGAACAACAUCCCUCUGAUGCAAAUGUUUUUAGUGUUCAUGGUUCAUCUGUAGUCGCCUGGUGGUAGAAAGAGGAAAAAAAAAAGGUCGAAAUGACAAGAAAUGGGUAAUCGAAUCAGAAUCAUGUUUCACAACAGGAAGUGCCUCACAAUGAAAUGUUAAGGGUGCCAUAUUGUCUUUGUUGAGAUACACGAAGAUGUUACUGUGAAUGACAUUUUUACUGUUGACUCUCACGGUCAUUCUACAGGUUUAUGUAACAAAAUGCCGAGCUUCCAUUCCUUAGGCAUUUCCACUCUGGUCUUAACAUGUUUUAUACUUUCCCCCCCUGUUUUUCAUUUUUUUUUUUUUUUUUUUGUUGUUUGUUUUUGAUUCUUAACAGAACUUGAAUUUUAAAUAUUCCUUGUAAAAUAAGUAACUUAAAUGUACAUACAAGCGCCAUGUUUUAGCUGCUUUACUUUUCAUUUCCAUCAGAUUGCAGGAUUGAGUACAGUAUUGUGAGACGAUGCUCAUGAGGCCUCUGGGUGUUGUGGGCAGUUUGGUACUGAAACAAAGUCAUUGAGCUGGACCAUUUGUAUCAAUGCUGUGUUCCUCUGAUUGUGAGGAGGGGUGGGGUGGGAGGGGGUGCACAGAUUCCUGAAACACUGGAAAUAAAUUUUGUCAAUGGCAAAGUU